GCUCUUAUCGGCUCGUCGGCUCGGCAGGCAAACAGUCUCUCCUCGAGCAGACGACGCGGUCGCGGCACCGUCUAUUACGAGCAAGAAAAAAAUAUUUUCUUUGUUUGCACGCUCCUUUCUUUCUCGGAAUUAUUAUUAUUAUUAUUAUUAUUAUUAUUUUAAUUAUGUCCACGUCUCGUCAUUGCGCUUCUAACCUGCGCAAGUGUCUCGGUGUGCCUGAAUUGUGUCUAUCCUGCAUCGGCUUCGACGACGCGCCACUCCCUGUUCUUCUUUAGUGCGAACAAGUAUAGCUUUUAUAACCUGGUCCUGUUCCACGCCUUCGUCGUAUUUGCCUGGGAUAUUGCAGCUUGGGAAGCGCGUCGGUUCUUCGGCAUCUGUCGCCGACGUGCCCGACUUUUGCGUGGUUGCCAAAUUCCUCUCGCCUAGCAAAACGUUUUCCGUCUUCUCUGCACUACUUCACUGUCAUGCCUUCUGCACUUACCCUCCUAGUAGCGGCCUGGCUACUAGCGAUAAGCCGUGUGGGUUCGAAUGACCCGGUGCCUGACCUCUGCAAUCUCAUUGACCAGCCCAUGUACUGUCGUUGCGACGCCAGGGAUGCGGACGAAGUGACCGACGUCACGUGUUACGUAGGACGAAAGCUGCCGGAUGACCAUGUUGUUUUUCGAUCGUUCGAACGGCAACCGAGUGUCACUUCUGUAGCAUUCACUGCCUUCGGCAGCGACUAUAAGCUCGACUUUGUCCCGACGUUGGCUUUGCUCCACACACCGCACGUGGAGCGGCUGAAGGUCUCCCAAGCCGAGCUCGGGGAUGUCAAGCCUCACUCGUUCCACAACCUCUCGCGUCUCGCCGUGCUCUCACUGGACUCGAACGAGAUUACGAGCUUGGACGCCGAGUCCAUCGCGGACAUUCCCCGCCUCAAGAAGCUCGAGCUCGGAGACAACAAGCUGAGGAGGCUGCGCGCCGGCUCCCUGAAGAACCUGCCCUCCCUCACGCAUCUCUUCCUCGAGCGCAACCAGCUGGAGGUGGUCGACGACGGCGCCUUCGAGGACCUGGGCGCCCUGCGCGAGCUGGAGCUGAGCGACAACGCCAUCGAGAAGCUGAGCGAGCAGAGCUUCCGCGGCCUGGGGCGCGUCGCGAGGCUCGACCUGUUCCGCAACAAGCUGACGCGCCUCGAGGCCCGCGUGUUCGGCGGCAUGCCCCAGCUGGCCGAGCUGGACCUCAAGUACAACGCGCUGUCCGAGGUCGACCCGCUGGCCUUCGAAGGGCUGCCGCAGCUGACGGUUCUAUACAUGUCGUACAACCGACUGCGCGUGCUGCCCGCGCACAUGUUCCGCGGGGCUCCCAACCUGGUGUCCGUGGACCUGUCGCAGAACCAGCUGCUCACGCUUACCUGGAGGACGGUCCAGGACCUGGCGAAAAUCGACGCCGAGUCCUUCGACAUGAGCCUCACCGGCAACAAGUUCAGCUGCGACUGCCGGCUGGCCUGGAUUCUGCACCUGGAGCGAGCCACGCGGCACGCCAAGUUCCGGAGAGAACUGCGCCACGUCAAGUGCGAUUUCGAUGACGCCACUGCGGCCAACGCGACCGGCGGCAGCAAAGUGGUCCGGCUGAGCCUCAAGCAGCUGGGAUGCGCCGAGGACUACGAGCGCCCUGAAUUAGGCGAUCGACCUCUCUCGACUGACACUCCGGAGUCCGUGCUGCCUUCAGCGCACCCUUACGAUAACGAUUACGAAGACGUCAGCGAUGACGAGGCAGACGGCGACGAAAGCGACGAGAACUCGCGCAAUUUUUCGCUGUACGACAGGCAGCACUCGCGAGAAGAGAUGCCUUCUGUAACAAAAGAAGUCGACGUCAUCCUGAGUCAGCAGAAAGCUCUUGAGAAAGACACGACCGUGUCGUCGAAUGGCCAUAAGGGUGCUCACGGCACGGCUGCAGAAACUGUGCCGUGCGAGGCCAUGACAGUGCGAAUUUUCAUUUUAUUGUUCUCUGUCUGUGCACAAAACUUUUGCAGAUGAUAAGGUUUAAACUGGUUGUGUCUGUCUCUGCAAAUUGUUUUCCUAAAAGACAAAAUAUAGUGCUUGGUGAAGACAGGGUCAGUAUAACGUCGCGAUUCCUCCCCCUCGAUUGUGCGCCACAUUUAUCAUCCACCGUUCGAUGCCAACUAAUCCCGUUGAUAAUGCGAACGGAGCGCCGCUCUGACCAGCGCAGCAAGGAAUGGCAUUGGAAUUGUUACAUUAUCUCGGCCAGGAUUCCACAGGCACCCCCCCCCUUAUAUUUUCUUACAAUUUCAUAAA